GGUUAUGUUUGGACAAAGUAAAUCACAUUCACAUAGAAACACGUAUUUGGUGCGAGUAUUUGUUCCCAAACCCAGAGCCCCAACCAACCAGAGUCUCCAUUGCGCCUCGCUCGCUCUAUCGGUUCUUCCAUAGUCACGCGCGGCAAUUGGAGAUUCACGCGCCACCAUGGCCACUCCACCGACACUUCCAAUUUCCUCCCAAUCCAACGCCUCCGUCGGCGCCGCAUCGCAGUCUCAGCCUCCGAUAGCCACGCCGGCCUUCCGCGCCUUCAUUUCGCGAAUGUCCUCUUCUCUCCGUCAGGCCUUCUCGCAGCGGCGUCCGUGGUCGGAGAUGGUCGACCGUAACUCCAUGUCCCGACCUGACACCCUUGCCGAAGCCUACUCUCGGAUCCGCAAGAACUUCUCAUACUUCCGCGUCAAUUACGUAACCCUAAUCGCCUUCGCACUAGCGGUGUCGCUCAUCACGCAUCCGUUCUCGCUCCUCGUCCUCUUUGGCCUACUUGCAUCAUGGUCAUUCCUCUACCUCUUCCGCCCCUCCGAUCAGCCUCUCGUUCUGUUCGGACGCACCUUCGCCGAUCGGGAAACGCUAGGGAUGUUGGUGGUGCUCACCGUGUUCGUAAUUUUCCUCACUAGCGUUGGAUCCUUGUUGAUCUCCGCUCUGAUGGUUGGAUUGGCAUUAGUGUGCGCCCACGGCGCGUUUCGCGUUCCCGAGGAUCUGUUUCUCGACGAUCAGGAGUCUAACAGUACGGGAUUCCUCUCGUUCCUCGGUGGCGCCGCCGCUUCUGCUGCCGCUCCGGCCGUCGCGCGCGUGUAAACGGCGGGAUCUGGAAGGUCGGUGUGUCCGGUGGAUCUUUGUCAGGUUGGUUAGGCCCUUUUUGUUGUAUUAUGUUGAAUUGAAAUUGUUACGAGAUAUUCUUUGGCUUUUAAGAUCCAAAGCGAAUUGCUUAGGGGUUAGUUCUUCUGUCCUUUUUUUGUUUUUCGCCGAGAGAUUGUUGAGCUAUCAAAUCUCAACUAAUGCAGUUUAGUUACUGAUUUUUCUUCUGAAACUGUUUGUCAUAUAUAAUAGAUUUGUAUGUCACUUAUUCUUCUGUUGUCGAAAUGAUACGUUUCAAUUGGACUAGAGAUUUAGA